AUGGCUCAUAGCAAUGCUACUGAUGACUCCGAAACAAAAAUGAUGUUCGAUCAAUUCAAAGGACCAAAUAUGAUCGAACGUGCACACUAUUUGAUAACGUCCAACUAUGGCACACCUGAAAAUAAGAAACAAUGGGCUACUAAAGCAUUACAAUAUCUCUCUGAAAUCAAUUAUAUCAUGUCACCUCAUUUAAACGCUUUUCUCAAGGCUAGUGGAUAUGCUGAAGUACCUGAAACUGUCUCGAUUCAAGACAUUCCUAAUGACCAAAUGAUUCUUCUACAGAAGAUCAUCUCACAUGAAUUUGAUGAGGCACUUUAUUCUCUAGAAAGCAAAAAAGUCCCUAGAAACGAAUAUUAUAGGAACUUAGAGAUGAUAAUGCAAUUAUUGAUACGAGCUAAGAACUAUAAAGGUGCUGAAGAGUUAGAAUAUAGAAUGGAUAAUAUUUAUGUUAAUCAAAUCCAUGAGACUUUAAAAGAGGAACUUGAUGCAUAUCAAAGAAUUCAACUUUUAUCAUGUGCAUGUCUAUUUUUUGAAGAACAGUAUUUUUCUUGUUGUUCUAAUUUCUUCAAAUUUCUAGAGAAUGACGAUGGCAUUAUUGAUCUAUUAAAGCAUGAUUCAUUAGAUCCGUUUAUUUUGAAUGAAGAGUUUUUAUUAAUGAUCGUUAUUUCGGUCUUAGUGUCAGUUCCAUUAGAUAACUAUGCUGAUUUCAUAUAUUUAGAACAUUUAAAAGCGUUUUUUGAAGUCUGUCCACUUUUAAUUGAAUGCUUACAAUUGUUAAUCGAUACAAAAUUUGGAAAAUUCUUUGAAAUUUGGCAUGAAGUGGUUGGAUCCAAAUAUCAAGAAAGCCCCUUCCUUAAUAAAGGUUGGGUAGCUGCAAAGUUAAUGAUGAGAUCAAAAAUUUACUUCUUUUACUUAAGGAUAUCAAAUUAUAUUCAUAUAAGUUACCUUUCUAAAACCCUCGGUAUUGAUAUUAACGCUGUUAGGGAAGAGCUCUCGUUAUUGAUAGAAUCUGCGCAUCUGAAUUUUAAAAUCGAUGGAGAUUUGGUAGUCUAUAAAGUGAAACAUUAUCUUGAAGAUCCAGUCCAAAAAUUACGUGAAAAUCAAGUCUUGAUCGAUAAAGAACUGGAGCACAGGAAAAGUCAAAACUCUGAAUUACAAAAUAUCAUACAUCACAGCAUUGUUACCAACGAAGAAAAAUUUCCAUCAAGCAGAGAAUUAUCUUCGAAACUAUUAGAAGAUGAUCAUAUGGAUAUCAAUGAUGUCAAUACGCUGAGCGAUGCUGAAAGCUUAUCGUUUGAGUAUGAAGUCGAUUGA